GAGACUCACCACAAAGGUGCUCUUCGUUUCCAUCGCCCUCACUAACGAACAGCACUCAAGAAACUCCCAAAGCCAGCGCCAUUUCUUCUCUCUCUCUCUUCUUCCUCUUCCUAUAGCAUCGCUCAGCGCUUUUCGCAUUUCUGGCUUCGCUUUUCGCUGCGCGUCCUCCUUCUUCCUCUUCCAUUCUCGCCCUCCGGAGACUCGCCGGAUCUCUAAUGGCCGCUUCUGCCGCUUCCGCGUCGAACGUCGUCGCCUUCGGAUCAUCCGGAGUUUCGGCCAAGCCGAGGCUCUCCUUCUUGCGGCAGCUGUCUACGCCCUUCGGCGGAGUCGGAUCUCGUCAGCUCCGGACUUUUCCAGGUCUUCAAUGCGAGUCGCGAAGCUUGUCUGCUGCUCCUGGUGUCAGAGCUCAAGUUGCCACUGCUGAAAAAGCAAGCACUGCAGAUGCACAAAAUGUAGAUUCCCCUGUAGUUGUUGUGACUGGAGCAUCUCGAGGUAUUGGUAGAGCAAUUGCUCUGUCAUUGGGAAAAGCAGGCUGCAAGGUACUGGUUAAUUACGCUAGGUCAUCACGGGAGGCUGAGGAAGUUUCAAAGGAGAUAGAGGCAUGUGGUGGUCAAGCUCUUACAUUUGGAGGAGAUGUUUCAAAAGAAGCUGAUGUGGAAGCUAUGAUCAAAACUGCUGUUGAUGCAUGGGGAACGAUUGAUGUUUUAAUAAACAAUGCAGGAAUUACUCGGGAUGGCUUGUUAAUGAGAAUGAAGAUAUCUCAGUGGCAAGAUGUUAUCGAUCUUAAUCUUACUGGUGUAUUCCUGUGCACUCAGGCGGCAGCUAAAAUCAUGAUGAAGAAGAAAAAGGGAAGGAUAGUCAAUAUAGCAUCCGUUGUUGGUCUGGUUGGUAAUGUCGGGCAGGCCAACUACAGUGCCGCUAAAGCAGGGGUUAUUGGUCUAACAAAAAGUGUUGCCAAAGAAUAUGCUAGCAGAAACAUAAACGUUAAUGCUGUAGCUCCAGGAUUCAUUGCAUCUGAUAUGACUGCGAAACUUGGGGAAGAUAUGGAGAAGAAAAUCUUGGAGACAAUUCCUUUAGGGAGGUACGGUCAGCCAGAAGAAGUAGCUGGACUUGUGGAAUUCCUGGCCAUCAAUCCUGCAGCCAGUUACAUCACUGGACAGGUGUUCACAAUCGAUGGCGGAAUGGUAAUGUAGAUCACUGAUAUUGCCUUUCGAUGUAGUCCAAACAAAGCUUUGAGUUUAAGAAUGCCUCCAGGAUGCAAUGAGAAUUUGCCAUGCCAAUACAUUUCGGGGUGGAAUCAUUCAGAACUCGUGGCUAAAGUGGAGCUUUGCUAAUUGCUAUGUAUUUCCUGUUGAUUCUCAUUUUUUUUUUUAAAUUUGUGUUUUUCGUUUUCACAUCCAAAUAUAGUAUUAUUUCACACGGAUCUGAAACAUCAUUUGACUAAAUUCCAGUUGACUUUCGUU